AUGUCUCGCUUUGACUUCUCUACGACUGGAAGCGACGUUUUCGCUGCAUUUCCAGAGCAGGUCGCUGGAAAGACGUUUGUGAUUACUGGAGCCAGCACUGGUGGCCUAGGUGCGAGCGUUGCAAUUGCUCUCGCGGCUGGAAACCCUGCCGCAAUUCUCCUCCUCGGACGUAGCGAGCACAAAGUUUCUCCCGUGCUGAAGGAAAUCGAGCACAUAAGCCCCUCAACCAGAGCGCACUUCAUCAAGGUUGAUCUCGCUUCUUGCGCCUCCGUACGUGCAGCCGCAGCCGAGGUCGAUGCCACGGUUUCCAAGGUCGAUGUCCUGAUCAACAAUGCUGGGAUCAUGGGCGUCAAGUUCGCACUCACUCCCGAGAAUGUGGAGAGCCAAUUCGGCGCCAACCAUAUUGGCCAUUUCCUCCUCACGAAUCUCCUCAUGCCCAAGCUCGAAGCUGCUGGUAAAGGUGCCCGAGUCGUGAAUGUUUCUAGCGCAAUGUAUCAAUUUGGUCCAGUGCGCUUCGACGAUAUUAACUUCUCCAACGGAGAGAAAUUCAACACUUGGGAAGCCUACGGACAAUCGAAGACAGCGAACAUUCUGUUCUCGGUUGCUUUAGCCAAGAAGCUGGCAGGAAAGGGGAUCCGAAGCUAUUCGUUGCACCCAGGUAACAUCCAGGCGACCAAGUUAUCUUCCCAUAUGGACCCAGCAGAGUGGCCUAUUGUGGGAGCAAUGUUUGUGGAGAAGAAGAUUGCCAUGCCUAAGGAGAAAACCCUUGAACAGGGAAGUGCGACCACGAUCGCGGCUGCCUUGGACCCCGGGCUGGACGGUGUUUCGGGUGCGUUUUUGGAUGAUUGUAAUGUCGCGGAGACAUUGGAAUAUGCUUCUAGCGAAGAGAACGCGGAGAAGCUAUGGACCUUGAGUGAGAAGAUCGUAGGAGAAAAGUUCUCUUACUGA